AUGGGUCGCCGCCGGUUCCAGAGAAAGGCCCCAGACUCCUUCAAUCAGGCCAUCAGCCUGCGACCUGAUGUCAGCCCCUCUGGCCCCAGUCAGUGGAUAGAGAAGGCAGCACAACGUUAUAUCUACACUUCAGUGGCUCAGAGGGGCUAUGAGGACGUCGGUUGGGACGCAAAAUUACCGCAGCGCGUGAAGCCCCCAGCAACCACCCUUGAGAAAAUGGCGGACCCUGUGAAUCAGCAUUUCACCCAGAAGUGUUACCACAGCAAACCAGAGCUGUGGCAGGUGAUUGGAGCCCAUUGGAACAGACACCAGCUUCGUGCUAGGAAUGAAGUGAGGAAACCUAUAACAUUCACCAGUCCCUGCCCAAACACCUGUCAAAUUCCAUUGUAUGGUGGUGUGGUGGGGUCUAUGAACAUGGACAACAUAGACAAGACAGGACAUGACUUCUACCCCUUGACUAUGCAGCGGACCACAUUGCCCCCAUACACUCCCACAGCACACCGCCCCACCAUCCCUGGCUAUACCGGCAAGGCUCACUGUGAUGGUGCUCGGUCCUCUGGGUUCAGUCUGCCUCUUCUACCCAGCUCUGCCCCGUGGACCAAUCAGGGUUUAUGGAAUCCUCCGGUUUAUGCUCGCACUGCACCUCUGUCCAGAAUGGUGACCACUGUGCCUCCACAAAACCCAUUCCUACACUCCAAGCGACCAGUUUUUCCUAUUUAAUGCCUCUUCAAGAACACAUGAGAAAUAUUAAACAAAGCGUAUGAGAAAC